UGCAGAUUGUGGACGGUCCGGGACGGAUCCUGGAAACUAUCCCAUUUCUGGUGGGAAUCCCGUGCUGGGUUAGGUCUAAGUUCCUGGGGGAUGGAUCGAAUAUGGAGUGCAUGGUACGGAAAGUGCAUCAAAGAAAAAGGGUCGAUGCCACCAUUGGCUCAGAGCAUCGUGGUCGCUUGGCUCAGCAGGGCUGAAUGGGAGCAGGUGACGGUCUAUCUGUUCUGUGAUGACCAUAAAUUGCAACGGUAUGCGCUGAACCGCAUCACGGUGUGGAGGAGCAGGUUUGUGAAUCUUAUCUCUGAAAGGAAGACAAAGUUAACCAAGCUCCCCCUCAAGUUCCUGGCUCAGGAGGUGAACAUUCCUGAUUGGAUUGUUGAACUUCGCCAUGAAUUGACACACAAGAAAAUGCCCCAUCUAAAUGACUGUCGCAGAGGCUGCUACUUUGUCCUGGGUUGGCUCCAGAAGACCUAUUGGUGCCACCAACUGGAAAACAGCCUGAGAGACACCUGGGAGUUGGAGGAGGACAAGGCAGACAUGGAAGAAGACCAAGAGGUAGAUAAGAAUAUUGGUGUUGAUGACAUCACAGAACAGAGACUAGAGCCUCAGGACCAUGGCAAAGAUGCAGAGUUGGAUGUCAAAGCUGAUGGAGACAAUAAAGACAGUGAAGAGGUGGAUUCUCAUUGGGAAAAGGCUCUGGGACAUAAAGAGUUGUAUGAAAAAGCACGAGCAUUGCUAGUAUCAUAUGAAGAGGAACAAUUUAAGGUGCUGGAGAAAUUUAAGUAUUUACCUCAGGCCAUUAAGGCAUGGAAUAAUCUAUCUCCACGUAUAGAAGGCAUCUUGGCAGAGCUCAAAGGCAUUGCUUCAGAAAACAGGAAUGCUGUGCUGGAUGCUUUUCUGGAUGAUGGCUUCCUCGUUCCCACAUUUGAGCAGUUGGCAGUCUUGCAGAUAGAGUAUGAAGAAAAUGUGGACUUGAAUGACGUCUUGGUACCAAAGCCGUUCUCUCAGUUCUGGCAGCCCCUGCUCAGGGGCCUGCACUCCCAGACCUUCACGCAGGCCCUGCUGGAGAGGAUGUUCUCUGAGCUGUCAGCCUUGGAGGACAGUGGGAUCCGGCCCAGCUACAUCCUUAGAUGGACCAUUGAACUGAUCGUGGCCAACACUAAAUCUGGACCGAAUGCUCAUCGAUUUUCUGCAAGCCAGUGGGAAGCAAGAAGGAACUGGAGGCUAUUCAACAGCUCUGCCUCCCUUGACUGGCCCCAGGUGGUUGAGUCCUGCUUAGGCUCACCUUGCUGGGCCAGCCCCCAACUCCUUCAGCUUGUCUUCAAAGCCAUGGGACAGGUCCUGCCAGAUGGGGAACAGGAGAAGUUGCUGCGCAUAUGUUCCAUUUAUACUCAGAAUGAAGAAAACAACUUGCCAAAGGAGGACUCAGAGUCCCUCCACAUUGAGAAGUCUCCUUACACACUGGACAGCUUGUAUUGGAGUGUCAAACCAUCUAGUUCCAGUUGUGGGUCUGAAGGACAGACCCAGCAGCAGAGGGAGCAGGGCAGCCCUAAUGGUGAUAAUCAAAAAGAGAAGGAAGAGAAAAAGGCCCUGCAAGACCAAAUGGAGGGAGAGGAAGAAGAGGAAGGUAAUGACUUGGAAGAUGAAGAUGAUGAAGAAGAUGAUGAUGAUAAUGAUGAUGACGACGACGAUGACGACGAUGACGACGACGAUGAUGAUGAUGAUGAAGAGGAAGACAGAAUGGAAGUGAGACCUUUCUCUACUGUGUAUGAGUCCCCUGCUGUUCAGAAUGCCAGGCUUCUGGCCCAGAAAAGAGGAGCUUUGGAGGGCUCUGCAUGGCAAGUUAGCUCAGAAGAUGUACGAUGGGACACAUUCCCCUUAGGCCGCAUGCCAGGUCAGACUGAGGACCCAGCAGAGCUUAUGCUGGAGAACUAUGACACCAUGUAUCUUUUGGACCAGCCUGUGCUAGAGCAGCGGCUGGAACCCCCAUUGUGCAAGACUGGCUGCAGGAGUAUGACCAUGGAUCUGCCGGAGGGGAGUGAUGAUAGCUUUGCGCUCAGCUGUUACCUCAUCCAGCUGGAAGAACCUUUGAUCUGCAGGAAGCAAGAGAAUUCUGAGCUGGGCCAGAGAAAAGAGAGGCACCCUGGGCCUAAGUUGUGGUGUCGGCAGUGGCAAUUGCAGCAACAGCAGCAGCAACUUGGAGGGCCUUCUCUGGAGCCAGGGGCAGCUGCACGGGCUCAAAACUGGCCUGCAGCUAUUCUGAUGCCUGCCUUAAUGCCAAGUGUUCAUCCAUCCCUGCCAGAGCAACAGCUCACCCCACAGUACACCUGAUCUUCCAUGAUACAAUUUGGGAGACAGCCCAGAUCAAAACAUCAACUCAGCUUUCUACCAUAAUAAAAUGUGGAAUGAUUUUUCCCUUUUACUUUGCUUUGAAAACAAUGAACAGGCAACUGUAGUUUUGAUAUUUGUGAGAUGAAGGUGUGUAUGCCAGAGUAGACCAGUGUAGUUCUUCCUUUAGGUGCUCUAGGGCAGGCUGGAUGAUAACAAAGCUUUGAGCAGGAGCUGAAUCCUGAGGCCCCUUGGGCCCACUGGCUGUGAUUGCUCCCAUAGCUAGAUUUCACCCGUACCUUUUACCUGGUUCUUCAAACCAUUUCUGCACCCCUUACCUGUACUGUGCAGCCAGUUCACUUAGAAGCAUGAGACCACAGAGGAGAGGCAUUGCUGGCCAGAUCCUAGACAGAAACUGCAGUGUAUUUGUUGUAGGUAGGUUGCUCAUAGCUUCCUGAUGGUGAGAAGAAGACUCACAUUUUCCUGUUCAUCUCCUCACCUGCCCUCAGUGGAUACCAAACAGUAGUUGAAAGCCAGAGUUAUGCCUUUCUUUGUCACUUCUCUUUCGCCCUAGAAGAAAAAGAGUGGACUUUGCCUGCAGUGGGCAUUAGAGCCAAAAAACUAGAGACUGACCCAGAGCCACUUCUCUAUUGUCACCUUAUCCCUUCAGACACUCUCUCUUAACCUCAGAGUGCUUACUCUAUGUCAGGUCUGAGCUACCAAGAAAAUGGGGAUAAAUCGUGUUUUCACCCUCAGUGCUGUCAGCCUGGUGAGGAAGGAGAAAUUUACUAAGUAAUAACCUGUUACCUCUGCUAAGUGCCUGAUGGAAUUUCUAUAGAUGGUCGUGCCAAGAAAUUAUGGAGAGGACUUACAUUAUAAAAACUCCAACCAAGGGUUUUUUUGUUUUGGGGUGCUGGGGAUUAAACACAAGGCCUUGUGUGUACUAGGGAAAUGCUCUACUACUGAGCUACACCUCUGGCCCUUUAAUGAAGGAUUUUACCUUGAGUUAAGACCCCUAAAUACCUUGGCAGCUAUGUGUUACAAUCAUUUUUCUAAGGAGCUAGUUCAUAACUUUUAUUGUCAAAGUGUUUCAUAAUCUCACUGGCUCAAAAAGGUUGAGAUUUCUUAUAUGGACCCAAGCAUUAGGCAUGGGCAAAGCAGUUUUGUGUAUUGGUUAACACAAAGUAAGUUUCUAACUCUUCCCUCUCCCAUCACAAUGUCAAAGGCUAAAAUUUUCCCAGCAUACUGCAAUGUCAGCUGGAAGAGUUCUCAGAAGCAUCUAGGCAUUCUAAUGCAGGUACUUGAAAAUGUACUCUGGUUAGGUAUUCCAGCACCUGGAGAGAUGGGUGCUACAAGUUCUUGGCUCCUCCCUACCACUUCACCAGAGCAGCCCUGACUUUAUUAUAUAUGUGAUCCUAUAUAUAAUUUCUUUGGAAAGAUGGAGUUUGCUGUUAAGGUGUGGAAAAUCAGUUUUAGUCUUGCCCUCUUGUUUGAAAUAUAUCAAGACCCAGAGGCAGACAAAAAGGGAAGGAAUUUGUUCAUAGCCACAGCAAUUACUAGGUUGGUAAAGAUCUGUUUUCUUUCAAUGUCAACAUUGCUUGAUCAAGUUUUUGAAUCCUAUCAGACUCUCUGAAUCAGAGAGGUUGAAAAUUGGCAACAAUCUGGUUUAAUAGACCCUUCGGGUGAUUUUGAUGCACACCAAAGUUCAAAAUGCACUGGUAGAAGUUGCCCAAAGACCUGGGUUUCAACCAAGCUUUACCUCAUAAUGGGAACAAGUUUGGGUAAAAUCAUGCCAAAUUUUCACCUGUAAAAGGAUAAUAUUUGUCUUACAGACUUGUAAGGGUCAAAACAGGUAAUAAACUGAAAGUACUGUCUAAACAUCUUUUAUAUUGGUGAGUUGUGGGGAUUCCUGCCCAGAUUGGUGAGUCUUGAACUCAAGACUCGGGUCCCUAUAUAACCCGAUGAUGCUUUCCCCUGGACCUCAAAGACUGAACUACACAUAAAGAGCAGACUACCUGAGCCAAUUUCUAGUGCAGAACUGGAGAGCCAAAGGUCAUUCAUUGGCUCGAUUCCUGAAACCUAGGAACCAUGAGGCCAGGUCCAAGGAUUUUAGAUGGUAGGAGUAGAAGUGGGUACAUGGUUAUGAGGAAGUAACUUUAGUGUAGUUGUACCUGUCCUUAUUGGAGAUCAGGGACUGUUUAGAAGGGUCUUUUAACUGCAUCCGUUUAAAUGGAAAGCAGUGCUCAGGGAUCAAGGGAAGGAAACAUUCAGCGAUAGUAAUCGAGAACCCCCUCUGACCGGACAUAGUUCAUCAGAAAUGAACUCCCUGUUUUGUGGUACCGACUGUCAACAAAAUUACAAUAAAAUGAUAAGUGCUAAACAAAAAAUGUAUUGUCCAAGAAUUCUGCAAGGCCCAGAGGAGAGAGACUAACAGUGUCUGAACCAGUAAUUCGAACUGCUUGUUAGGUGACGUUAGUACUGGGUCUUAAAAGGCAAGACUUUAGUCAAAGCUAGGAAUAAAAGGAAGGCCAAAGUCAGAAGGACUUGAGAAAAAACAUGGUUAGGGGCAUGAGAACUAUUUCUAGGAUAAUUGGAACAUGAUGAUGCAAGUGUGUAAGUUGUGAAGCCAGAGGGGCGAGCUGGAGAGUGCUAUGGCCAGACCAGCAGAAUUUCAUCUAUGAUUAGGGAAGAAGCAUUGAACAUUAAAUUGUUCCCUCUUGGAAUUCUAAUUGUUCUUAACAUGAUCCCUACACUCACACUGUCAUUGUCUUCAAAGAAGUCUUUAUUUUUUAUUUUAUAUGUUGUUUCAUUCCACCACUAGAGUGCAAGUUCCCCCAAACAGGGUCUGGGUAGCCUAGUAUAGGCCAGGCACUGAUUUGGUGUUCAGUAAGAACUUAAUAAAGGUAUACCUGAGGAAUGUGAGAAGGGGAAGCAAGAGAAAAGACAGAAAAGAAGGGUGGAAAGAAAUGAGUACUCUUAGUCUUACGGGGGAUGACUGAAAAAAAAAAAAAAGAUUCUCAAGUUCACAAAUAGCUCCUUGCAAAGACUGCUAGGGCUGAGCUCCACUGCAGCCACUGUGAACCUCUGUAUUUAGAAUGAGACUGGCCUGGAAUAGUGUGGGGACUGAGUAG